AUGAAACAAAGAUCAAUGCUGAAAAGUACAAUGAAACAUUUUUCAUCAUCGGUCAAUCCCUUAAAAAUUCUCAGUUCCCAAAGGUCAUUUCCAUCAUUCACACGGCGCGAGCAUAUGGCUUUUGAUGUCAUUGUGAAGCAGGAGCAGGAGCAGGAGCAGGAGCAGGAGCAGGAGCAGGAGCAGCAGCAGCAGCAGAAUCAGUAA